CCUGCUGCAUCCCAAAUUUCGCGAUUUCGUGCCGUCACCGGUGCCGCCGCGCCGAGUCUAGGGGCGGUGAAAUGGCACCAACUCUCAGCGCCCCUGCAGACGGAUACGGGGUCACCUGAUGGAGGCCGUGGGUUGCAACGCCCGUGUACCAUGACGUUCCAGGUUGGCAUCCUUCCGAGUCCGCAGCCUCGACUUGAACCAAAAGCACGCCUGAUCCGGCCCCCAGGAUCUCGAACCUUUUCACUGCUUCACUCUCUCAUGGCGCACAAUCAAGGCUCCAAUCUCAGACGGAAUCACGCCUUUGCUCACCUUUCCUGACGCUCUGCAGGCCACCGCCCUCCCAAAGCCGUUAGUGGACUCCUCUCACACACAGCAGCAGCAUGACCAGAGAGGCCAGUAUAUUGCGGCCGUCCGACAAUGGACGCCGCUACGAGCUCACGAGCCCCACGGUCAUGCCCAAGGCCGGCGGCUUCUUGUGGAAUCAGAGAAUGAUGAUCCAGAUUACCUGCCGCGGGUACGCCACCGCCCAGUUCAUGCAGCCUGAGCCGGCAAAGUACGCCUAUGCUCCCAACAUCGAGGCCAAGACUUUCAUGCAACCAGAGCCAAAUUACUACGCCCACCACCCGGGCCGCUUCGUCUAUAUCAAGGACCUUGAGACUGGGCAGCUCUUUUCGGCGCCGCACGAGCCCGUCCGCUCUACCCCUGACCGGUUCGUCUUCUCAGUCGGCACAAGCGAUGUCGCCUGGAUGGUGGAGCACUUGGGCAUCCGCGUCGAGAUGGUCAUGGGUCUGCCGACGCACGACGUGGCCGAGUUGUGGACCAUCAAGGUGACAAACAUAUCCGGCCGCCCUCGCCGGAUCAGCGUGACGCCGUACUUCCCCAUCGGAUAUAUGUCGUGGAUGAACCAGUCGGCCGAGUGGAACCAGGAACUGGUUGGAGUGGUUGCCAGCUGCGUCACCCCCUACCAAAAAGCCACCGAGUACUUCAAGAACAAGCAUCUCAAGGACAAGACGUACUUCUUGUGCGAAACGCCGCCGGAUUCGUGGGAUGCGCGCCAGCAGGCAUUUGAGGGAGAAGGCGGGCUCCACAACCCGUCCGGCCUGGAGGAGCCGCAGCUCAGCGGUAGUGACGCCCGCUACGAGACGCCCACAGCCGCCGUACAGUACCGCAUCUCGCUUAACCCGGGCGAGGAGCGCGAGUACCGCUUCAUGUUUGGGCCCGCCUACGACGAGGCCGAGAUUUUCAACAUGCGCUCGCGCUACCUUAGCAAGGAGGCGUUUGUCCGGACGGCGGACGAGUACGCGGCCUACAUGGAGGCAGGCCGCGGCUGCCUGCGCAUUGAGACGCCUGACAAUGACCUCGACAACUUUGUCAACAACUGGCUGCCCCGGCAGGUGUACUACCACGGCGACGUCAACCGGCUGACCACGGACCCGCAAACCCGCAACUACCUGCAGGAUAACAUGGGCAUGAACUACAUCAAGCCCCAGGUCUCCCGCAAGGCCUUCAUCACGGCGCUGUCUCAGCAGGAGGCCAAUGGAGCCAUGCCGGACGGCAUCCUGCUGGCCGAGGGAGCCGAGCUGAAGUACAUCAACCAGAUUCCCCACACCGACCACUGCGUCUGGCUGCCCGUGACCCUGGAUGUCUACCUCGCCGAGACAGGUGAUUAUGGCUUGCUGAAGGAGCGCGUCCGCACCGAGAACGGCGACAACUUCACCGUGUUCGAGCGAUUCAGCCGCGCCAUGGACUUCCUCCUCAAGCUGCGCGACGAGCGCGGACUGAGCUACAUCGCGCAGGGCGACUGGUGCGACCCGAUGAACAUGGUCGGCUACAAGGGUAAGGGCGUGUCGGGUUGGCUCACUCUGGCCACCGCCUACGCGCUGAAUCUCUGGGCCAACGUCUGCGAGCACGAGGGCGCCGCCGAUCUCGCAGAGCGCUUCCGCGCGGGGGCCCGAGACUGCAACGACGCUGCCAACAAGCACCUCUGGGACGGCGACUGGUUUGCCCGCGGCAUCACCGACGACGACGUCGUCUUCGGCAUCAAGAAGGACCCCGAGGGCCGCAUCUGGCUCAAUCCGCAGUCCUUCGCCAUCCUCGGCGGCGCCGCCAGCCAGGAGCAGGUCGCCCGGAUCCUGCCGCAGGUCGACGAGCAGCUGACCACCCCCUACGGCAUGCAAAUGUUCGCCCCGCCCUUCACCAAGAUGCGAGAGGACAUUGGCCGCGUGACGCAGAAGGCCAUCGGGUCGGCCGAGAACGCGGCUGUUUAUAACCACGCGGCUGUCUUCUACGUCUACAGCCUGUACCGGCUCGGCGGCCAGCAGGACCGCGCCUACACAUAUCUCCGCCAACUGCUGCCCGGCCCGAGCGAGGAGGACUACCUCCAGCGAGGACAGUUGCCCAUCUUCCUGCCCAACUACUACCGCGGCGCCUGGCGCGAGUUCCCCCGCACGGCGGGGCGGUCCAGCCAGUUGUUCAAUACCGGCACCGUUUCUUGGGCGUACCGGUGUGUCAUUGAGGGAUUGUGCGGCCUACGCGGGGAUGCGGAUGGGCUGGUGAUCCGGCCGCAGCUACCGAGCGGGUGGGACGCGAUUAAGGUGACGCGUGAGUUCAGGGCCGCCACGUUCGAGCUGGAUAUCACGAGAGGAGAUGUGAAGGAAGUAACUAUAAAGCUGGGGGACAGGGUUUUGCCAGAGCCCAAGAUCACGAGCAUCAAAGCUGGGGAGACGUAUCGGUUGUCUGUAGUGGUGCCGCGGUAGGGUUUGACCUUGAUAAGGUAGCUAAGGUAGCUACUCGAUGUUGAUGUGUGAGCAGCCCAGAUGUAUUGCCGGUUGUGAACCAUUAGAUAAAUACCAGUGUACAUGCAUUCAAAUCCACGCCGCC